AUGUUCCAUAUCGAGGGCUUUGUGCCAAAGCUGGACCCCGAGGAGAUGAAACGGAAGAUGUACGAGGAUGGGAUCUCCUCCGUACGGCACUUCCUCAUCUACAUGGUUCUGCUACGAGUCACUCCUUUUAUCCUAAAGAAGCUGGACAGCAUAUGAAGGCUGGUCAUCACAUGUGAAUGCACGAUAUGAAGAACCUGAUUACAGUUUCUCCUUCUGUCUGCAAAUGAGUAGGCCCAGAAAGAUGUAGGAGACUCUUUGAUUGAAUGGACCUAAAAAUUCUACUUGUUAAGAAACAAGUUUGACUCUGGUGACUGACCUUUAUAGCU